GUUAGUGUGCCGCCUGACUCAGUGUGCGUCGCGUGUGCUGUUGAUAACAAAGUUUCAGAUUAUAGAUUACAAGCUAACCACUCUGUGUAACACGAUAACCACUCUGUGUAGCACGAUAACCACUCUGUGUAACACGAUAACCACUCUGUGUAGCACGAUAACCACUCUCUCUGUUGGGUGUGGAACUCAAGCAUCUGAGUGAACGUACUGAGAGGGGGUGUGACGAGCAUAUUAGAGUGCUAUUGAGUGGCAUUAUACGUUAGUGCAGUGUAAGACGCUCCUUGCUGGGGGUGUGCAGUGUUACCUGGCCUACACACUGGCCCAUAUUGAAGUAUAGAGAGUGGCCACCUUCGUGGCCACAGAGUGGGCCCCUAGUGGAGGUUGUCUCCUAGUGGUGUUACACUGAGUGUUGUGGUCCCCUAGUGGAGUUAAACUGAGUGUUGUGGGCCCCUGGUGCUGUUAUACUGAGUGCUUUGGGCCCCUGGUGGCGUUUCAGCGAGUGUGUUGUGGGCCCCUAGUAUUACAGUAAGUGUUGUGGUGAUGCCUACACCUGGUGUGGUGUAGACUUUCUACACCUGCACCACUGCCUCCUGACACUCCUCUACCAGCUGACACUCAUCCAUCACCAGCUGACACUAAUCCACCACCAUCAUGAUCGUCAUCAAGAAGGAGAAACCUGUCAUGUCAGUGUCAUCCAUCAUCCAUGGCUCUCAACAGCGAGGCUGGACACCAGGUUUGGAAAUCGGCAUGUCAGGGUCACUGGAUCGGCAGUCACCGCUGAGUGUGACACCUGACACUGCCGCACUUCUCUCACCCUCAUCCUCAAACUUCUCAAAUUCCAAUGGAGGACCUGCCUCACCUAGUAUAUCAACGCCUCCCUUCACUAUUGGUUCUAGUGGUAAUAUGCUCAGCUCCAAUAAUGGCAGCAGCAACAACUUGAGUACCUCACCUAACCAGUACCCACCAACACAUCCACUCUCAGGAUCUAAACAUCUCUGUUCUAUCUGUGGUGACCGAGCAUCUGGAAAACACUAUGGAGUUUACAGUGGCAUGGCAAUUGUAGGAUAUACCCCCAUUUAUGGUAUGUGGGAUGCCGUAACCAACAUAUGUCAGGCAGCAGACAGACACUUGGUACAACUGGUGGAAUGGGCCAAGCACAUCCCACACUUCACUGACCUUCCUGUUGAUGACCAGGUCAUCUUACUUAAAGCUGGUUGGAAUGAGCUACUAAUUGCUUCCUUCUCACACCGAAGCAUGGGAGUUGAAGACGGCAUUGUGUUAGCUACUGGACUGGUGGUAACUGUCAAACAAUACUUUAUACAAACUUACUCUCUCUGUAAAGCAAAAUUAUUGUUUAAUGUUUGAAGAUAAUACAUACAUACACUGUGUAACUCAUACACUGCUGUACAUUUUAACAGACACAUACACUACUGUACAUUAUAGCAAAUAUACAUGCACUAUUGUACAUUAUAACAGCCACAUGUACUACUGUACAUUAUAGCAGACACAUACACUACUGUACAUUAUAACAGAAACAAACACUACUGUACAUUAUAACAGACACACACACUACUGUACAUUACAACACAUACACUGUACAGUAGGGCCCCGCUUUACGGCGUUCCGCUAAUACGGACAUUUCAGAUUAUAACCAAAACUCACUAUACAGCUCCUCCCACCUGACUCUCUAAUACAGUCACCAUGCGCCACCUGGUUUGUUUACAUUCUCCAUCAGCACGUCUCUCCAUUAUAUCUGGAGACUUUCCAAAACUUCAAGUGUUUUAAAGUUACUGCGUAUUUUAUAUAUACUCUGACAAUUAUACUUACGUGUACCUGUACCUGAAUAAACUUACACACAGUGGUGGUGUGCAGGUACAUAUUAAAAUUACUAAGAGUGUCUUAUUAGUCUUGAAGACACCGUGUUAAUAAUGAUAAUAAUCUGCAAUAAUAAUAAAUGAGAUGCCUUAAAUGUCGUAUAUUACGUUAAUAUAGACAUUUUCAUUAAUCCAGCUAUGAUAUUUUUUCAAAAUUAUACAGUGGACCCUCAUUUAUCGUAAUUAAUCCAUUUCAGAGUGUCACUAAAGCCUUCUCCUUCUGCUAUAGCUCCGCCCAUUUUGUUACGAUGCCAAAUGGUGAAUUACGCACAUUAGAAAAAAAAAAUAAAAUAAAAAUGAAACUCCAACUUGAUAAAUUUACAGUGGACCCUUAGUUAUUGUCUGUAAUCCUUUCCAGAAGCUCGGCCUAAAAUCGAAAUGGCCGAAAACCGAAAUAAUAUUUCCCAUAAGAAUUAAUGUAAUUACAAUUAAUCUGUUCCAGACAAAAAUAUUCACCAAAAAAAUAAUUUUUUUAACAAUUAAAUCAGUAUUACAUGUCUUUAUUGAAGACUAAUGCUGGCUUCUGGAAUGCCUGCUACACUACCUGCAUCCCGGUUAUAUUCCCUGCAUGUCUGAUACACUCCCUGCAUGUCUGCUACACAUCCUGUAUGUCCGCUACACUUCCUGCAUGUCUGCUACACUUCCUGCAUGUCUGCUACAUUUCCUGUAUGUCUGG